AUGGAUCACAUCUUGCAAGUCUUCCAGAAAGAACUCAUCUGCUCCAUCUGCAGGAACUACUUCAUAGACCCCAUCACCAUUAACUGUGGGCACAGCUUUUGCAGGCCCUGUUUCAACCUCAACUGGCCGAACAGGUCAGUUCUUGCUUACUGCUCUGAAUGCCAGAAAGCAAUCCAGAAGAGAGAGUUUCAUACAAAUGUCACUCUCAAGGAAAUGGUUCUCAUUGUCAGACAAGCCAGCCUGUGGCAAUUCCUGCGCUCUAGGAACAAUAGGUGUAGGAUACACAUGGAGGCAAAGCAGAUCUUCUGUGAGGACCAGAGGAGCCUGUUCUGUUUGCACUGCUCUACCUCCCAGGAUCAUAGGGCUCACAGACAUGGCUCAGCAGAAGAGGGGGCUGAGCAUCUCAGGGAGAAACUCCUCAAGACAAUGUGCUCUUUAUGGGAGAAAUAUUAUGAAAAUGACAGAAAUCUGAAAGUAGAAACUAUCACAUACAGAACUUGGGAGGUUUAUGUGACCUCAAAGGGUGAAGCUAUCAGAGUUGAAUAUGAUCAGUUGCCUCCAUUUCUCUAUCUGAAUGAGCAUCAUCAUUUAGAGAGACUGCAAAGAGAAGGCAAGGCGAUUUUUUACCAACUCAGGGACAGUGUAGCCAGGAUGGCAAACAAGAGAGAGCUUUUAAGAGGAAUGUAUACAGAGCUGAAGGAAAUGUGCCAUAAACCUGAUGUAGAGCUGCUCCUGGAUUUUGGAGACAUAUUGAACAGGAGUGAGGCAGUGUGUGUGCACAUGCCCCAGCCUGUGAAAGCAGAGCUCACUGCAGUGACCAUCCCAGGGAUGAUUGCAAGGUUCAACUUGUUCAAAGUGGAUACCUCUAUGAUUUUUGGAAGACCUCACAGUCAUGUCUUCCUACAGGGAGAUUUGAUAAGCCUGAGUAUUGGAUGUAUGAUUCAAGGUGAACCAUGUCCCUUUCCACAAUAUGAGUGUUUUAUGUACUGGAAUACUCAGACUUUUACUACCGGGAGACAUUACUGGGAGAUAUAUGUGGGAGACAUUUGGAAUUGGGCUUUAGGAGUCACUUGUGAUGAUUGGAUAUUGAUGAAUAAAAAUCUCCAUAAGGCAUACUAUCUUCUUGGCUGUGUUAAAACCAACAUUCACCACAAUGUCUUCACCACCAACCCACUUGUACUACAGUAUGUGCCCAAAACUAUUGGCCUAGUAGGGGUAUUCCUGGAUUAUGAAGGUGGAAGUGUGACCUUUGUAAAUGUAGCACAAAGUUCCCUUAUAUGUAGGAUCUCCUAUUGCUCUUUCUCUCUCCGUCUCAGGCCUUACUUUUGCUGUAGUCACUUCUGA